AUGAAGAUCACUUUUUGGAACAUCCACGGCUUACCCAAUCUAAGUCAAUGCCCCGCAAUACUAAAACACGAUGUAAUAGCUGCCUGUGAGACCUGGAGUACCUAUCAGCAAAACCCAAUUUAUCUGAACAACUUCCAAUCCUACUGGGCCAACGCUACGAGAGAGCACUUAGUUGGAAGACCUAGUGGUGGCCUUGUGACAGCCAUCUGCAAAGAAUACUGCUCCGAAGUCCUCGAAGACCCUCUUGAUCAUUUUAAAACACUACAUAAUUACGACAUUAUUAUACUGGGAGGAGACAUGAAUGCUAAGGUAGGUCAAGCUGAUCUGUGGCUUGAGGAAAUCUUCAACGGUCUGGCACUAAACAAAGUCAUGAGCACUACUGAUCAUGCGACCUGUGAUAGAGGCAUUAAAUUACUAGAGUUCAUGGGAGACAACAACUUCGUCCUCAUCAACGGAAGAACUGAUAAUGACACACCAGCCCAACCAACAUUUGACGAGAGAGGCUCCUCUAUAAUUGAUCUGAUCUGGGUCAAUGUCACAUGUCUGCAUUAUAUACUAGACCUGGAAGUACUCAUUGAACCCACUCUUUCCGUUCAUAGGCCAGUCUGCCUCUCUAUCAACAUUGAGGUGAGCAGCCAAGAUGAUACCAUGACAAUAACCAUUCCCCGCCCAAUCACGAAG